CGCCCCCAAUAGCCAAAACCCUAGCUCAUUUGUUCUUUUAACUCUAACCCCCUCCUUCACUCCCCUCAAGCUAAAAAGCUACAAGUUGCGGCCGCCAUCUCUGCACUCAGUUUUGAUUCGGGAGAAUGGUGAGAGUCAGUGUGUUGAAUGAUGCUCUCAAGAGCAUGUACAAUGCCGAGAAGAGGGGAAAGCGACAGGUCAUGAUCAGGCCAUCGUCGAAAGUGAUCAUCAAGUUUCUUUUGGUUAUGCAGAAGCAUGGUUACAUUGGUGAGUUUGAGUAUGUUGACGAUCACAGAGCUGGUAAGAUUGUGGUCGAGUUGAAUGGAAGGCUGAACAAGUGUGGCGUUAUUAGUCCUCGUUUUGAUGUUGGUGUUAAAGAGAUUGAGGGCUGGACUGCCAGGCUGCUUCCUUCAAGACAGUUUGGGUAUAUUGUCCUGACCACAUCUGCGGGCAUCAUGGAUCAUGAAGAAGCGAGGAGAAAGAAUGUUGGUGGCAAAGUACUUGGGUUCUUCUAUUAAGCUACGUAUUGAGGAUCCUUCUAAAAAUUUUGGAUUACCUAAUGAGUAGUUCCUUUAUUUCCUUGCGAAAAGAAAAAACUUAGAAAGACAUGUUUUCUUCCAAUGUUCGUAUGAAUUCUAUUUGUUAGUUUGCAAUGACUUCUAUAAUUUAUUAUGGUUUAAUGUGAUAUUACUGCAAGUUUGAUAUAUUUAAUAGCUGAGUGUUCCAUCCUUAGUGGUA